CAAGUCAAACCGAGUAGGAGGUGGAGAGCCUGAGGUAAAAAAGUAAAAGUGAUAGACUGGAGGGCGGAACUAAUCUUGUGUCUGGGUUUCUGUCUGGGAGGAAAAAGAAGGUGAACUGGGGAACAACAGGAAGUUGCCACUCACGGGAAAACCCAGCAUAAUUCUUUCAACAAGUUGUCACCAACAUGGAUAGUGUGUUGAACUGAUGUACCUACAAAGCCAGGGAGGCAGCCGGUAAGGAAAUGGUUGCUGAUUAUGUUAAAAGACUGGUUGAAGCGAGUUGCUAAAGAAUCGCGGCUGCCGCUAGCUUACAUAGCAUUAGCAUUGUGCCGUGAGUUGGUCGGCUGUUUACGAGCGGCACCAUUGUUUAUUGUUGGUCUGUGUAUGGAAGACUAUUAAUGCUUGCAUAUGGUUAAGAGAAGCUGGUUAUAAAUACUAUUGUUACUGCUUAAGUUCAAAUGCAGGUUGAUCAUUUAAUUUAGCACUUUAAUAGAAAGCAGUAUUUUUCAAGUUGUAUGUACAAUUGUUAGUGAAUUACAUAAUUUGAGCAUUUAAAAAUACUCAAGUAAAUAUUGUGCUACAAAGCUUAUGUGUUGCAUUGAUGUGUUUUAAAAAAAAAUGUGUUUGGUAUUGUUCACAAUAUUUGUAGAUGUGUGAUAACAAACAUAAUUUGUAUUUUGGGUUUUGGUUUGUAUUUAAAGGUUUUUCACCUAUGGCUGACUAUGGCCGAAAAGAAGAUUAAAGGGAAAAAGGAAAACAAAAGAUCUGCCUGGUCAUUGAGUGAAACCCAGUUAAACACCUGUGGUAGAUGCAUCAAUCCCUUUCAAGCAGGGAAGCUGCACAAACUUAAAGAGCUUGACAGUGAAAAACCGGGAAAUUAAAAUCUGGGAGCGAUGACCUGGAGUCCUGGGAAAAGGGAAUAAUUAGUGCAAAGAGAAAAUUCGGAGAAUCCCUCAAAUUGCAUGUGCCAUUCCCAUUAGUAAAUAAACCCCAGUUCAAGCCUGAGCAUACAAGAAUGGCAGACCAAGCUGCUGGGAAGUCAGUUGAACAGCUCAAAGGAGUGAGGACAACAGCUAAGAGAUCAUUCUCGCGUCUGGUUAAUAGCAUUACGAGGACGCAUGAGGAUAUGACUGAAGGAGAACUCAAAGACAGUUUCAAUAGACUGACAACGGAAGCAGAGAAAGUCAUGGAGGCCAAUGAUGAUCUAGAGGCCGGUUUCAUUGCAGAGCUAGAGACAAAGCUUGACAUAAGUGAAGCAGUUGUGCUGACAGAACAGCAGAAAGUCGACUUAGCAAAGACUGCAAGUGAAUGUGAGUUAAAACUGAAGGAAAUAAAAACUCUAGUCAGAGAGACUCUCUGGGCCAACUUUGGAAGUGCAGAAUUGUCCACAGCACUACAGGCAGCAGAGGCUGAGUGUGAACAUGUUGCUGCCAUUAAGCCUAACGGUAAUUAUGAAGUGUAUGAUCUCGUACUUGGCCACCUGAAAGAACUGGUGGGAGUGGCAAAGGAGAGCUAUAGCAAGUGGAAACAUUGGAUCCCAUCGAGUGUCCGGAGGGACCUUCAAAGCAAUCUACAGAGGCUGGAACUCUGCAUCCCCAGGCUGGUUUCCAGAAAAGCUGACUUUCUGGAGAUGAGAAUAAAGGAGGACGCUGAUCACCUGACGUCAUUGCCAGCUACCUCCAGCUGCCCCAUGCCAAUCAUCAAGCUGAAACCAACAGCCCUUCCCAAGUUUCUUGGAAAUAAACGAGACUUCCACAGAUGGAAGAAGGAAUGGGUGGCUCUUCAGGGGCAGGCGGAGCCAUCUGGUUCGAAAGAGAUCAAAAAGUUUCAGCUACUUGAUAGCGUGGAUGAGAAAAUAACAAGAGAGCUCCGACUCACCACUUAUAACACUGCAGAUAACAUCUUUCGUGUUUUGGAGAAUCGGUUUGGCAAUCAAACAUCAAUUGCUAUUGAAAUAGUGGAGGAAUUGCAGAGAAUGCCAGCUGUUAAGAGCCACCAGCCAAGAAAAAUAGUGGAAUUAAUUCAAGCUGUGGAGAAGGCGCUUCAAGACCUGGUUGACCUUGGUGACACGGGGGCUAUAAAAAACCCAUUGGUGACAAAGUCAAUCGAAAGUAAACUUCCAGAGACACUCAAAAAGGAGUGGCUUAUUUAUGUUGCUGACAGUAGGAACGCGGUGACACCAGAAAGACGAUUUGAUAGUCUCCUGGAAUUCCUCAAAGAGCAAGAAACCAUAUAUGAGCAGCUUGAUCAUCUGAAAGAGGAAGAGCCAAGCAAGAGAGAAAGAGUGGAGCUGAAACAUUCCAGAACCAGAUUCACCAAAUCAGGCAGUGACGAAAGGUGUGUGGUCUGCGGUGAUGGAAAGCAUAAAAAGAAACUCUACUUCUGCAGGCGGUUUAAAACAUUAAAGCUUGCAGCAAAAAAGGCUGCAAUUAAGAAACUAGGCGCAUGCUGGAGUUGUCUCGAGGUUCAUGACAACGGGUCAUACUGCAAACCCACUUAUCUGUGCAAAAACCCAGACUGCAAAGAAGCGCACGCUGCAGAGCACCAUUACUACCUAUGCCCAAAUGCUGAGGUGAGGAAGGGAAGUGCAGCAGGGAGGCAAAACAGAUCUGAUCCAGAGGGAGGAAAGGUCAGCAGGAAAUGUACGGAGGAUCAGGAGGAGUUCCUCAGUAAACUAUCACCUGAACUGGCAAGAGAAUGCAGGGAUGCAUUUUCAAACACUGCGUCCAGGGCAUGCAGCACCACCAAGGAGCAGCCAAGUCUCCUAUUUGAAGGUGGGCUUCGAGAGCUGCCAGUAAUCAUGAUGCUCCUUGAGGUCACAGCUAAUGCUGGGCAAAAGAUUGGGACAUUAAUUGACCUGGCUUCUGACACUAACUAUAUAACCCACAGGACUGCAAGCAGUCUUAACCUAAGAAGUGAAGAAAUCACUCUGGUUGUUCAUGGAGUAGGGGGAAUGAAAACGCAUGUGAAAACAAGGCGGUAUCUUUUAAAGAUCCGAGUCAGAACGCCUAGAGGCACACUUAGGUCACACCAACUGGUCUGCUAUGGACUCGACAGCAUAGCAGAAGUCCACAAACAUGUCACACCGAGUCAGCUACAAAGGUUCUUUCCGGAUAUACCACUCGACGAUCUUGUAAGACCGAAAGACAUUCAUCUACUCAUAAGUCAUAAAGAAGGUCGGCUAGCGCCUCAGAGGAGCAGAGUCAUUGGUGACCUUGUGUUAUGGGAUGGGCCACUUGGAAAGACAGUUGGGGGAACUCACCCUGAGCUGUUCGAGGAGCUUACUGUCUCUGCCCACAUGUCCAAGACACACUUUGCCAGGUCAAUGAGAGCAGCAGCUGUCAAGUAUGAGGAGCUAAUUGGCGAGGCCUCAGACCAGUCUUCAACAAGUAAGCAUGUUCCUGCUAAGCUUCAGAGGUCAAGCACCUCAACCACCAGUCGAGAAUUCUUCGAGUGGUGGAAGUGGGAUAGUAUUGGUGCUGCAUGUGAGCCAAAGUGUGGGGGCUGCCGUUGUGGAAAUUGCCAGCCAGGUGGGAAAGAGAUGACACUGGCCGAGGAGAGAGAGCUUGAAAUAAUAAGAGAAGGGCUCACCUAUGUCACAGGUGAUGGCCACAGCGAGGAACCACACUGGCAUGCCAAAUACCCCUGGGUUGAAGAUCCAGCAUCCUUACCAGACAACAAAAGAGGAGUCGAAAGCACAUUCCUCCGGACAGAGAAGCAAUUGGCCAAGGAACCUGAAUGGAAAGCCGCUUAUGCUGCUCAAGUGCAUGACAUGGUGGAGCGUGGAGCGGCAGUCAAGUUGUCCAAGGGCAUGAUCAGUAACUGGGAUGGGCCAGUGUGGUACGUGAGUCACCUCAUUGCUCCGAAUCCCCACUCUGUUACAACUCCAGUCAGGCUUGUGUGGAAUAGCAGCCAGAGGUUUAGGGGUGUGAGCUUGAACGACCUGCUAAUAAAGGGUCCAGAUGUCCUCAACCAGAUUCGGGCAGUUCUCCUUAGAUUCAGAGGCGGAGUGUAUGGCGCCCUUGGUGACAUAAAAAAGAUGUACAAUUCAGUUUGGUUGGAAGACAGAGAGAUGCACCUGCAUAGAUUCCUCUGGCGGGACUCUGAGGAUGACGAGCUAGAGGAAUAUGCAAUCACAAGGGUGAAUAUUGGAGAUAAACCGGCAGGAUGCAUUGCACAGCUGGCAAUGCGUGAAACUGCCAGCCUUUCUACCUUUUCCCACCUCAAGGAGGAACGUCAGGUACUCCAGCAAGACAGUUAUGUCGAUGACAUCCUUACCUCUCACAAUGACAUGAACCAACUAGAAGUCAUUACAGAGAACAUUGGGCGAAUUCUAAAGGCUGGAGGAUUUGAGCUGAAGCCUUGGGUCUUAUCUGGGCAAAGUGGGAGGAGGAACCGCGAGACAAGGAUGAAAACCAUAGUCCUACCAAACCAAAUGCGUGACGAAGAAAACAAAGCUCUUGGUCUGGGUUAUAUAGUGGAAGAAGACAAGCUUCAUGUCUUGGUAGCAAUCAACUUCUCCAAGAAGAAGAAAAAGAUGCAAGUUGGCCAAGACCUUGUCCAGGAGCAGAUUAAGACCCACACGCCAAACCCGCUGACACGAAGAGAGCUUCUCAGUCAAGUGUCAGGGUUGUAUGAUCCAGUCGGUUUGGUCACUCCUGCAAAGCAAAAAGGAGCAAUCUUAGUUCGCAGAGCAUUCCAAGAGACAAAAGUUGAAAGCUGUUUGGUCAAGGACACUUGGGACAUGGCGCUCUCAGAUGCCCUGAGGGAGGACGCCAUUAGGCUUUUUGAGGAGUAUGCCCAGCUCAGCAAAGUCACAUUUGCCAGGGCGCUAACUCCCCCAUGCUUCACCGAAGAACCCUGGGCUAUUACCUUCUCUGAUGGAAGUGAGCAAGCCUAUGGGGCAGUGUUGUACUUAAGGUGGAAUUCAGAUCAGGGCACAAUCAUUAGAUUGGUGGAGUCCAAAGCUAAGUUAACUCCACUGGACCACAAAGGGGAUGUUGUCAAAGCAGAGCUGUGUGGGGCAGUGUUUGCCUCGCGCCUAAAGAAAUACUUUGAGGCACAAAGCCGGAUUCAGGUUGAGAGGUGGUAUCACUUUGUCGACAGCCAAACCGUCAUUGGGGCAAUACAGCGGGACAGCUAUGGUUAUCAGACCUUUUUUGCAAAUAGGAUUGGAGAAAUACAGAGCAGCACGAGGAUUCAAGAUUGGUGGUGGAUCCCUGGCCCUCAGAACAUUGCGGAUGUAGUCACAAGAGGAGCUAGUCCCAGAGAUCUAGAUGAAGACUCAGAAUGGCAAAAUGGUCCAAAGUUCUUGAGUUUGCCUGUGAGCGAGUGGCCAGUUAGGUCAGCGAAAGAGUUAGCCGCCACCGCCAAAGAAAACGUCAAUAAGCUGCAAAGAAAGGCAUUUGUCGCUGCCUUGACAAGGGCCGAGAUAAGAGGGCAAGAAGAAAAGCAAAGUCGGGCUGAGGCCCAAAGAGAGCAGCGAAGACCACCUGCAGGGUUAGUCAUCAGGAACCUUGUGGAUGUCAAGCGGUUCAGUGACCUAACUCGAUUGGUUAGAUCAGUUGCUUGGACUUGGAGAGCAGCCAGAAAGUUUCUUGGGGGACAUCCAGCUGCUAAUGACCCAAAGUGGGAGGCAGUUCCGGUGGCAGGAGUAAUUUCUGUGAAGGAACGUGGAGAUGCCCUAAGAGACAUCUUCCUUGCAGCACAAGACAGCACAGUCUUCCCAAGCACUACUACAGAUAGACUGGUAGUAUACAAAGACCCAAGCUCUGGGCUCUUUGUUUGUGGUGGCCGAGUGCAAGCUUUUAAGAAAGACCAGACGAGUGUUCCCAUCUUGGCUUAUGAUGCUUGGGUGUCUACACUGUUAGCCCGGGAGGCCCACAAUGAGAGUCAUGAGGGAGUUGCUGGGACCCUGCUCAGAAUGAGGAAGAAAGCGUGGGUCGUAAGAGGGAGAAGGAUUGCUCAAAAGGUUGUUGAUGGUUGUGUGGUUUGCCGGAAAGCAAAAGCACAGAGUUGCCGGCAAAUAAUGGGCGACUUACCUCCGGAAAGAACUCAACCUGCUUUACCUUUUGAGUUCACAACAGUGGAUCUCUUUGGACCCUACCAAGUAAAGGAUGACGUCAAGAAAAGACUCAUGAUAAAGGUUUGGGGGGUUGUAUUCUGUUGUAUGGCCAGCAGGGCGAUUCACACGGAGUUAGUAAACUCCUUGUCGACUGAAGGCUUCUUGAUGGCUUACCAGAGAUUUACAGCAAUUAGAGGACAUCCAAGAAAGAUCUGGUCAGACCCGGGCACAAAUUUCAUAGGAGCGAAGUCUGUCUUGAAGGAACUUUACAGAUUCUUGGAAAGCCAGAACAAGUUUGUCUUGGAGGAGACUGCGGCAAAGAAUGGAACAGAGUGGAUGUGGAAAGUUAAUCCAGCUGAUUCCCCGCAUAGGAAUGGAGCUGCUGAGGCUGCUGUGCGCAUUGUGAAGAGAGCGCUCCAGAGUCUUGGAAGGGACUCUGGGCUAAGUUACAGUGAGUUCCAGACAGCUCUUCUUGUGGCAGCUAACCUUGCAAAUGAGCGCCCGAUUGAUGCCAGAGUACAGAGUCGGGAAGGUUGCAUUCAUUACCUCACACCCAACAGUCUUUUGCUUGGUCGAGCAUCUCAAGACGGGGACUUCAAGAUGUUUGACUUUUCCAUUUACCCCUAUAAGAGACUCCAGGCGAUCCAGGCAGAAGUGAGCAAGUUUUGGAGGUCCUGGAGCCAACUUGCUGGCCCUAAUUUGUUUGUAAGGAGCAAGUGGCACACUGCACACAGAAAUGUCGCUGUUGGAGAUGUCGUCUGGUUAAGUGAUCAAAAUGCGCUGAGAGGACACUAUAAGAUGGGCAUAGUUGUCAGCACUAAUCCAGACAAGAAAGGCAUUGUGAGGGACGUCAAUGUCCGGGUAUGCUCAGGUUACAGCGGUUCUGUGGCUAAGUCCUUGAGAGCGGAGGACUUAAGCUCUGGUUCAAAGGGAGCGACUCCGGUGGCUCAAGCUACCAUCCUUCAUAGAGACGUCAGACGCCUAGUUGUUCUAUUACCUGUGGAGGAGCAAAAUGGAACCAAGCCGUCCCCAUCAUGCUUCAAUGGGAUGAGUUAAACAGCGGUUUGCUUGUGAAGUUGGCGAUCUCCCGUGGUCCAAGGGAAGAUCGAGUGGGAGGUGUCAAGUCAAACCGAGUAGGAGGUGGAGAGCCUGAGGUAAAAAAGUAAAAGUGAUAGACUGGAGGGCGGAACUAAUCUUGUGUCUGGGUUUCUGUCUGGGAGGAAAAAGAAGGUGAACUGGGGAACAACAGGAAGUUGCCACUCACGGGAAAACCCAGCAUAAUUCUUUCAACAAGUUGUCACCAACAUGGAUAGUGUGUUGAACUGAUGUACCUACAAAGCCAGGGAGGCAGCCGGUUUUUCACCUAUGGCUGACUAUGGCCGAAAAGAAGAUUAAAGGGAAAAAGGAAAACAAAAGAUCUGCCUG